AUGGAAAUUACCGAGAAAAUCAAAAUCGGCGUCUGUGUAAUGGAAAAGAAGGUAGUUUCUGCACCCAUGGGGCAGAUAUUUGACAGGUUACAAGCGUUUGGAGAAUUUGAGGUCAUACAUUUUGGAGACAAGGUGAUCCUUGAAGACCCAAUAGAGAGCUGGCCUAUAUGUGAUUGUUUGAUUGCUUUCUAUUCCUCUGGAUAUCCCCUCAAAAAGGCUGAAGCAUAUGCUGCUUUAAGGAAACCUUACCUUAUAAAUGAACUGGAGCCCCAACACCUUCUUCAUGACCGAAGGAAUGUAUACGAGCAUCUCGAACGGUUUGGAAUCCCUGUUCCAAGAUAUGCCCUUGUAAUUAGGGAAGUCCCGUACCAAGAACUUGAUUACUUUAUUGAGGAAGAAGAUUAUGUUGAAGUGCAUGGCAUGCGUUUCUGGAAGCCAUUUGUUGAGAAGCCUGUUGAUGCUGAUAACCACAGUAUAAUGAUAUAUUAUCCCAGCUCAGCAGGUGGAGGUAUGAAGGAACUAUUUAGGAAGGUUGGUAAUAGGUCCAGUGAGUUCCAUUCAGAGGUGCGGAGAGUGAGGCGUGAAGGUUCCUAUAUUUAUGAGGAGUUUAUGCCAACUGGAGGGACAGAUGUUAAGGUGUAUACAGUUGGUCCUGAAUAUGCUCAUGCUGAAGCAAGGAAGUCUCCUGUCGUUGAUGGUGUUGUUAUGAGAAAUCCUAAUGGGAAGGAAGUUAGGUAUCCAGUGUUACUGACUCCAGCUGAGAAAGAAAUGGCGAGAAAGGUUUGCAUUGCAUUCAGGCAAGCGGUUUGUGGGUUUGAUCUCUUGAGAAGUGAGGGACGCUCAUAUGUUUGUGAUGUGAAUGGAUGGAGCUUUGUUAAAAACUCACACAAGUAUUAUGAUGAUUCUGCCUGUGUGCUGCGGAAGAUGUUGCUAGAUGUAAAAGCUCCUCAUCUUUCUUCUGCAAUUCCACCUACUCUACCAUGGAAAGUAAAUGAGUUAGUGCCACCUUCUGAACCACUAACUCGUCAGGGUAGUGGUAUUAUUGGAGACUUUGGACAAUCUGAGGAACUACGAUCUGUAAUUGCUGUAAUUCGACAUGGUGAUAGAACUCCUAAACAGAAGGUGAAGUUAAAGGUUACUGAGGAAAAGCUACUGAACUUAAUAAUGAAAUAUAACGGUGGCCGACCAAGAUCUGAGACAAAACUUAAAACUGCUGUUCAGCUGCAAGAUCUGUUAGAUGCCACACGAAUGUUGGUUCCUCGCACCAGACCAGAUCUAGAAAGUGAUAAUGAAGCUGAAGAUGUUGAGCAUGCUGAAAAGCUUCGUCAAGUCAAAGCAGUUCUUGAAGAGGGAGGACAUUUCUCUGGCAUAUAUAGAAAGGUUCAAUUAAAGCCCCUAAAGUGGGUCAAAGUGACAAAAAGCAAUGGUGAAGUUGAAGAACACCCAGUUGAAGCUCUUAUGGUUCUUAAAUAUGGUGGUGUUCUUACACAUGCUGGGAGAAAGCAGGCCGAAGAACUGGGAAGAUAUUUCCGAAAUAAAAUAUAUCCAGGAGAAGGUACAGGGCUUCUUCGCCUCCAUAGUACAUACCGCCAUGAUCUUAAGAUUUAUAGCUCUGAUGAGGGUCGUGUGCAGAUGUCUGCAGCUGGUUUUGCCAAAGGUCUUCUUGACCUAGAAGGGCAGCUUACACCAAUCCUGGUUUCCCUUGUUAGCAAAGACUCCUCCAUGUUGGAUGGACUUGAAAAUGCAAGUAUUGAAAUGGAACAAGCCAAGGCGCGAUUGAAUGAAAUCAUUACCUCUAGUGCAAACACAGUUGAUAGGAAUGGAUCACAAGAAUAUCAUUGGAUGGUUGAUGGGAAUGGAAUUCCACCCAAUGCAUCAGAAUUACUUCCUGAGUUGGUAAAGCUAACUAAGAAGGUCACUGAACAAGUUAGAUUACUUGCACAAGGUGAAGAUGAGCAGCUUACUGAAAGAAGCUUAUAUGAUAUCAUUCCUCCUUAUGACCAAGCAAAAGCCCUUGGCAAGACAAAUAUUGAUAUUGACCGUAUAGCUGCUGGAUUACCUUGUGGUAGUGAGGGUUUUCUCUUGAUGUAUGCCCGCUGGAAAAAGCUUGAAAGGGACUUGUAUAAUGAACGCAAGGAACGCUUUGAUAUCACCCAAAUUCCUGAUGUUUAUGAUUCAUGCAAGUAUGAUCUUUUGCAUAAUGCACAUCUUAAUCUUGAAGGUCUCGAUGAGCUUUUCAAAGUGGCUCAGGCGCUUGCUGAUGGUGUGAUUCCAAAUGAAUAUGGAAUUAAUCCAAAGCAGAAACUGAAAAUUGGCUCAAAGGUAGCUCGUCGGUUAUUGGGAAAAAUUCUAAUUGAUGUGAGGAACACUCGAGAGGAAGCAAUUAGUGUCGCCGAGCUAAAGAAUAACCAAGACAAUUCAUUAUCAUCCAUGAAAGUUGAAAAUGAAGAUACAGAGGGCAAGUCAAAAAGAAUUCAUGAGAAUGAGGAAAUACAAAAAUGCAGCACUAUGAGUGAGACUUCAAUGGAUCAGGAAGAUGAUGAUGAUAAAGAGACCAAAUAUCGUUUAGAUCCAAAGUAUGCAAAUGUGAAGACACCUGAUCGCCAUGUGCGAACACGCCUAUACUUUACAUCAGAAUCACAUAUCCAUUCUCUCAUGAAUGUCCUUCGAUAUUGCAAUUUGGAUGAAUCUCUUCAAGGAGAAGAGAGUCUUGUUUCCCAUAAUGGUCUAGAGCGACUAUGUCAAACAAAGGAGCUCGACUACAUGAGCUACAUUGUACUGAGGAUGUUUGAGAAUACAGAGGUGGCUGCAGAAGAUCCUAAAAGGUACCGUAUAGAGCUGACUUUCAGCCGUGGUGCCGAUUUAUCCCCUUUGCAGAAGAAAGAUAGUGAGGCAACUUCACUGCGUCAGGAGCAUACACUACCUAUUAUGGGUCCAGAGAGGCUGCAAGAAGUAGGUUCAUAUCUCACGUUAGAAAUGAUGGAGAAGAUGAUUCGCCCGUUUGCCAUGCCUGCAGAAGACUUUCCACCAGCAACACCUGCAGGAUUUUCUGGCUAUUUCACAAAAAGCAUGCUUGAGCGUCUUGUAAAUCUUUGGCCUUUCCAUAAGCACUAG